AUAAGGUGAAGAAGCUGAACGCUAUGAAACACACCACACGGAUGAAAUGGCGGCAGCUGGAGGAGCUGCAAGCUCAGUAUGACGGUCUGAGAGCAGAAAGGAGAAGCCCACAGGCCAAGGAGACCACCACGGUAACACACACGCACACACCUUUCAUAUCAAUAAGGUCAUAUACCGCUGCUUUCAGUUUUUUACAUAAUUUGAAAAUACCUGUUGGUCUUUACAUUGUGUAUAAAUUUUAUGGUGAUCAAACCAAAAGAAAUGGUCCAGAAUUCCUUGGAAAAACCAAACUUGCGCCACUGACUUUCUCCAUUUUCUUCUCCUGUAAAGUUACCAUUUUGGAGAUGCGAGGUUUUGCUCUGACCCCAGCGAUAUUUAAAAUAUAUUACACUAUUAUGUUCUAGAUUUGGGUCUCCAGAGUAGAGGUUGGUCUGCUGAAAAGUGUGCAGUGAGAUGUGUGUUUAGUCCUACGUUAAGAUCUGACCGGUCAAGAUAAGAUUUUUCACAGAUUCGUAUUACAGAAGCAAAGCUGAUCUUAACCUUAUCUCCUAGCAUCUUCACUCCAAUUAGGAAAUCUUACCCUACUCGGUUGAAGACAGUUGAUCGUGACGCCUGAUAUGUACACAGCUGAACUGUAAACAUAAACACACUAUCAAAAUACAGUAGAAAUGUGGCUUAGUUGGUGAAACAGCUAGGAAAAAAGCGAUGGAGUGGAAAUGAAUAAUAUUGUGAGAGCACACCCUGCUGGUUAACAGCGUGUCGUCCAGGGUGCCUGCUCACUUAGCAGCCAUCUUUGCCACACCACCGGCCAGUUAUUUCUAGCCAAACAAGACCAGACUCCUCUAUCUCUGAAUGAGGAGGGACCAAAUGAAUCAACACUGAAGGUCAGAUCACAGAUUUGAAAUCACUGAUAAAAUCGGAUAAAAACCCAUUAAUAGUUUGUAGCGUUUGGCUCAGUAACAAACAAAAAAUGUGAUAUGUUGAGAUGUUCUGGCUACUGCGCUUGUGCAGAUCUCCCCAGCAAGGCAGGCUUUCUGCGCCAGCGCUGCAAUAUCAUUAACCCACCCUUCUCCAGUCGCGGGGCAACCAGCGAGCUGAUUGGGUCUUUUUCUGGAAGGGCAGGACUUUUUCUGGAAGGGCCAGUGACCAUCUCUUCAUUUAUGAUGUCUCUGGUGUUAUUCAGCACUGAAGGGGAUGAGGCUGAGGUUCAUCCCCAAAAGCAGAACCUGCGUAUGUUGGAGAACCGUUUGGAGAAAGUACAGCUCAAGUCCCAGGCGGCCGAGCACAUCAUGCGGAGCUACCUGAAAAUGAAGGAGCAACUGCAGGAGGAGAGUCUGACGUUUCAGCCUCAGUUGGAUCAGAUGGAGGCUGAAAUCCUGAAGAAGAAACAGGAGCUCAGAGAGCUGCAGGCGAUGAACAACGAUGCACACCUGUCCAAAGAGACGGCCAAGGCAGAGCUGCAGUGUCAGGAGGAGCAGGUGUAUCGGGAACGCAGAGACAGAGAGCUGAUCCUGAACCAAUAUAAGAAACAAAUGGAAGAGCGCAGAGCGCAGGCUGAGAGAGGAGAACGCAGAGCCCAGCGAGUGGCACUGCACCCAGAUGAGCUGAGCAGUGAGGCCCAGCGCAGUGGUACAGGAGUGGGAGAGGAGGAAAGAGUCAUCUCCAGUUUUGAGGAGGCCUACCAGCAUAUCCGAGAGGUUACUGGGGUGACCAACACACAGGAAAUGGUGGACAGGUUUGUCUCUCAGCAGGACACUCAGAAGCACUUGGAGAAGAUGAAGGUGGAGAACGAGGUGAAGCUGCAGCAGCUGAAGGAGGAGAGAGACACACUGCUCGCACGCUUUCAGGAGAUGAAGUUUUCAGGAGAGACCAAACAGUCUAGUGCCCGGCGGGUGUUGGAGGAGGCUGAGCGCCAUCUGCAGGAGGAGCAGCAGAGACGAGAUGCAGCUAAAGAGAAGCUGGACUCGCUCACACACACACUCACCAUCGUCAGCGCCGCAGUGGAACAUCUAACAGACAAACUACAGCACAUCUCGCUGGACGAGGCAGAGGUGAAUGUCCUGUUGGACUCUUCUGAGCGUGUCGUGGAGCAGCUGCAUCAGGCUGAACAGAAACUGCAACGCCUUCAGGAGGAGCUACAGGGUAAAGAUCUGAAUACCCUGCUGAAGGAGAUGGAGGAGGAGGAGUUUCUGGCCAGUAUUGAGGGGAAACUUCCGCACUACAACACUCGCAUCACUCUGCCUGAAACCCACAGAGCCGACCUGUAUGAAGAAGAGGAAGACAGCGGUGAGGAUGAAGGUGAUGUCAUUACCCGUGCGUCGCUUAAACGUCAAUCGCAGCUCAUCAUUGACUCUAAAACUAAGAGGAAGACUCGCAUGAAGAAGAAGAACGCCAAACUGUGACCUCAUCAUCUGUCCAUCUCAGUCUGCAGGGAAUGUUUAGAUCAAUAAAAGUGUCAACACAGCAACAAGUAGCAUCUAUCUGUAGAAUAAUAAAACAUGACUGUGUAUAGCUGAUAGAAGUUAUAGAUGAUUAUCUGUCCUUUAGCCACAGCAACAGGUACAUUCUGACAUUGGAGUAGUACAGUGAGUAUAUUGAUUGGAAGUAGUUUUAAUAAAGGAAUUAGCUCUAUA